AUGACGGAAACAAAUAACCAAGAAAAAUACAUUCUCUUAAACAAUGACUCUGACCUGGAGGAGUUUGACAAAACAUCUUUUAACCUGGCCAGUGAGCAGAGAGAUACAGAAACAAUUAACAGCAGAAAGAAACAGACAGAAUCUGAAUUCAAAGACUUAAAACAGCAGGGACUUGCCUCCAUAGAAACUAUUAUUUCCAAGAAUACUGAAGAGCAGUCCACAUCAGCUAAGAAAAACGAAACUGACAUUCCUAAAGACAAAAAUAAGCAGCUACAGAAUCCUGUUGGUUCAAAAAUGAAUGCAUUUGAAAAACGACUUGAAAAUGUCACUACCACUUUGAAUAACCUUCAAAACCGCUUGCAGGAGGACUUGAAUGAUAUUUAUUUGCAACUUUCCCAAUUUAAAGAUAACAUCUAUGUUUUGGAGAGUACCCUGACUAUGGCCAGGAUGGAACAUUUGAAUUCAUAUACUGAAUCAACAACUCAACCCUUCCAAGAAAAUGAAAAGACAGUAUAUUCUUCAGGACUGCCGUAUUUAACACCUAGUGAGAAUUAUGGUAUUUCAGAUCAGGUCAGUGUUUCUGUUCCCUUUAUAAACACUGCUCUAGAACCAACGUCGCAAAAUCCUACAGAUGCAGAAAAUGCUGAAAUAUUAGAAGAGAAACCCAAGAUAAUAAUUUCAUUCAUAAAGAAUCUUACAGAUCUUCAAAUCUUUUUCUAUGGUGCUGAUAACAAUGCAAAUGGAUAUUUAACAUACCAUGAAAUAGAGAGCCUUCUAGGAGAAGAGACACCAGAACAAGAGCAACUGGAGCUGUUUGAUGCUGAUCACAACCAGAUGUACUCCUAUGCUGAACUAGUAAGAGCAUUUGGACUGACUGGUAAGGGUGUUCUAGGUCUGGAACAUGGGUAUGGUCUAGAACAUUACAGUCCCAAACCAACAACCCAGCUUUCAGUUUUUCCUUUGAAUAUUACUUAGUCUUCCCUUGUACCUGCUGUAAGGAUUUCAAAAUGGCACUCUUAAUACAGUGAAACUUUAGAGUUUGAGUAGUAUAAAGUGAUGAUAUAAGAAGGAACUAG